AUGAGGGGUGCUGUAGCUCUGCCUGUGUUGCUGUUCUGUCUGUCUGGGGUCAUGGGGUCAGGGUCAGAGAGAAUUACAUCACAGUGAAGGGGGACUGAAGCUACAGAGACUACCCACAAACAGAAGACCUGCCGGACCACCAUACCUGACAUCUGGACAGAGCUGAAUGAACUGAACUGCAGCUCCAGAAGAACAAGGUGGAGGAGCUGGAGAGAGAAUGCAUGUUAUGUUAACACCAGAACAAUUUAUUCUUAGCUAUAUUAUAUAUUUUAAAAGACAGCCAGUGAGAGUGAGGUGGAGGCGCUGAAGAGGUAACAGUAUUUACUGUGUGAUCACCCUCUAGUGGUUCUGUAUUGAGCUAAAAUGAAGAGUCAGAAGGUUAGAGCUUCCUCUAUGUGCAAAUCUACUUCUCAUAACCUUUAAUAAAGGCAUUACAAAGGCUUAAUGUUUGUCUGUCUCAUCAUUGACUUCAUAUUUACUUUCAGAUGCUAGCAUUAAACAACUAUACCUGCUGCAUCCUGAUAAAGGUUGAGCUGAUAUGGCACACUGCUAGGUCUUAUCAAAUCAGUUGUAACUCCUGCACUGUCUGCUCGCUAGAGAGGCAUAAGGUGAGACGAGAAACGGGUCAUGAAAAAUGGGCACAUCUCCAAGAAACAUUAUCUAAAGGUUAAGUUUCAGUUUAAUCCAUAGCUUUCUGUAACUACAGUGUUGGAGGCCAGCCGGAGUGCCAGUGAGAAGGAGGCGGAGGUUCUGAAGAGAGAGACUGCAGGUAACACAGACAUGACCCACUGGGCACAGACGUCAGUUCAACGUCUAGUUUUGAUUUACAUUUGGUUGAGUUUCCAACUAACAUGACUUCAACAAAAACAUGUCACUGUCAUUGAAUUUGGGCAAAAAAAAAUAAUUAAAAAUGCUCUUACGUUGAUGACUUUCUGCUAAUUCAAUCAGUUUUCCACAUUGAUUCAACGUCAUCACAUUGAUUAUGGGGUAUGAAAUGAUGUGGAAACAACAUUGAUUCGACCAGUUUUUGCCCAGUGGGGAACUGGUAAAUUGGUUUUCUGAACACUGCUAAUGUAACUUUCUAAAUGCACUGCAUUAAUAUGUUGUCUUGUGUUUUUCUGUGUUCACAGACAUACCAAAAGGUGGCCUUCUCGGUUGGUUUGACUGACUCAGGACCCGUCAAUACACAAAUCACACUGACCUACAGUAGAAUCAUCACAUCACAACCCAACUGCAGGUAAUCAACACACUAAUCAACACACACUGAAUCCAGCUACAGUCCAACAUUAUUAACAGUGUCUAUGAGAGACAGACAGCGCUGAUCUCUCUCUCUGCUUCCCCUCUGAUGCAGAUAUCUUCACAGCACCAGUGAGAGGAGUCUACUACUUUAGGUUCACUGCCAGUCCACAAUGGAUUGGUGUAUAACUUUACCAAAAUGACCUGGUUAUGUAUAAUAGGGAACACUGCCGGCGAAGUUGAUGUGUACAUAACUCAUGGAUCGUCUCUAGAGCUGAAGCAGGGGGAUGUGGUCUACAGGAGUCUCCACCAAGACAUGGGUCUCUAUGAUACUGUUGAUAACCACAGCACCUUCAGUGGGCUCCAUGCUAUUAUGCUGUGA